ACCCUGUCUGAGAAGCAGCUCAACGGCUUGUGACGGGACUUGUACAGUAUAUGCUCAUUGCUCACGCUCGCUCAGAGAGAGAGAGAGAGAGAGAGAGAUGGCGCAUGUGCAGGCAUCUCAAUUUCUUCUUCAGCUACGGGCUCCUCCGCCAAUACCCAGUCUCCACUCUCCGGUUGGUUGAUUUAGAAUUAUCCGCAAUUCUCCUGCCCAUGCAGGGUGAUGCUGGGGAAACAAAGCCUGAAAUGCUCUAGUGACCAAUCUUUUACAAGUAAACUGGCGACUGGAAGUAUAAUGACUGGGAUUGCUGCUUCGCUGAUGUUUCUCCUCCCCACUGAUCAGGUUUAUGCACAUGAUUUCUCGCAUCACCACAAUGUAUGCCAGCUUGCAAGUGCUGCAGAGACUGCGAUGACAUUGCCAUUUGAUAAGGGGUCUGGUGAAGAAAGCCAGAAGUUUAUGGUCAUGCGAGGUAUGACAGCUGAUAAUUUUGACCCUAUCAGAUAUUCAGGAAGAUGGUUUGAGGUGGCAUCUCUCAAACGAGGAUUUGCCGGACAAGGCCAAGAAGACUGCCACUGCACUCAAGGAGUAUACACAUUUGACAUGGCGGCACCAUCAAUCCGGGUCGACACCUUUUGUGUACACGGAGGACCUGAUGGAUACAUAACCGGCAUAAGGGGAAACGUCCAAUGCAUUCCGGAGGAAGAAUUGGAGCAAAAGCAAACUGAUUUAGAAAAGCAAGAAAUGAUCAAAGAGAAGUGUUAUCUCCGUUUUCCUACGCUGCCAUUCAUCCCGAAGGAGCCAUACGAUGUCAUAGCUACUGAUUAUAAGACUUUCUCUCUUGUCUCUGGUGCGAAAGACCGAAGCUUCAUCCAGAUCUAUUCCAGGACACCCAACCCUGGACCUGAAUUCAUCGAGAAGUACAAGAGUUACUUAGCAAACUUCGGUUAUGAUCCGAAUAAGAUCAAGGAUACACCACAAGACUGUGAAGUCAUGUCAGAUAGCCGGCUCGCCGCAAUGAUGUCGAUGUCUGGGAUGCAACAAGCUUUGACCAACCAGUUUCCAGAGUUAGAGCUACAGUCCCCUAUCCAACUCAACCCUUUCACGAGCAUAUUCGAUACUUUGAAGAAGCUUAUCCAACUCUAUUUCAAGUAGGCGUGCCUUUAAUACACCGCGCCCGGAUUUCCCUCGUGGAAGAUGUUCAUAUGAUAGUCAUCCGGAUUUUUUUGAUAUAUCUGAAGCAAUUCCGGCAUAUAUCGUCCGAUUGAAUGCAAAAA